CAGGUAGAACCUUGUCACCUCUCCUUCAUACACCCCACCCAAUGGACACGGGACUCGGUACCCUGGGGCCGGGAAUAGCCCCCAGAUCCUACGGCCAGGAGCCCUUUAACUCUCGUCUCAGCGGUCGAUCGCGGUUACAGGGGCGACUUCAGGCUAUCCGGAACGGCCCCCCGGAGCCUCGGUCAGCCCGAGACAGCUGGCGGUACCGCGGAGGGGCUGAGGACAUUAGGACCUCUCGCGCCAUGAUGGCGUAUCAGCCCCGCUCUGUACGCUGGUCCUCACAGGAGGACCUCUACAGCGACCCGUACGAGGGACGAAUGAGUCCCCGACCCGCCUUAGGGUACGGGCGGGAUGGACCGGAUCGUUACUCCCCAGACUCAGUGAGCAGGAGGGAUGAUUACGUACACAAUACCCAGAGGCGAAUAGAUGAGGCGAUUGCCCGACGGGAGCGACCAAGUCGUCUCAGGCCGGAUCGCAUUGGUGGCAGACGCUACCAAACACAACCUAUAGACUUUAACUACUCUUCUUACACGAGCCAGGAUCGUUACGGGACGAACUCUGACAUUUCCGCUCCGUCCACGAUGUCUUAUGCCAGACAGGCUCGCCAGAGGGCUGAAGAGAGAGAGGCAGUUGCCCUACAGCCGACCAAAAGUGUGUCCCCACCCCCAAACCGCCCGACCACAUCUAACAACGAAGAGGGAGGAGAGACAGAGAAUAUGGAAACAGAGCAGCAGAAAGAACAGAGAAAAGCAAUCCGAGCCAAGAUGAUGGCGGGGCAGGUACCCCAGGCACCCAAGAGUCCCGCUGCCAAGAAGAAACUUAUCCUGGACGAAACAAAACUGGAAGAAAUGUUCUUGAAGUGUCUGAUCUGUGGAGAUAUUUUCAACAAUACAGACCGAUCACCAAAGUUACUACCAUGCCAUCACACGUUUUGUCUGGCUUGUCUUCUGGAAAUGUUUCGGGUGGAGAUUGAGCAGCGACAAGCCAUGGUAAGCGUCUACCACAACCGCCUGCCCUCCGCCGUCAGAAUUGGAUGUCCAACGUGCCGAGAUUCCAGAAUAAUUUCCCAAGAAGAACUAAAGAAAAUGCCGAACGAUCGCACUGUCCUGUCUUUAUUAGACCUUGUCUUUCAUUCGGAAUCUUGUGUGGUGAAUUAUUGCUCCAGGCAUCAAACACAGCCACUGAACUUCUUCUGUGAGACGUGCAUUCAGCCCGUGUGCUGCGAUUGUACCGUUCUGGAUCACAUGCAAUCUGACAACCACGUGGUCAUGAAUAUAGAGGGCGCUCUACAAAAAUACAAGCCACUGAUCGAAGAGUGCUUAUCGAAAUUAGCAAGUCACGCUUCAGAAUUAAUGGAGUCGAAAACAAUCUUGGAAGGUGCUAUCCAUACUUUGGAUACCAACCGUACAGAAGUUAUUAAUAAACUAAAGGAGACAUUCCAGCAAUUCCGCACAGCUGCUGAUGAUCGCGAAGAAGAACUCGCAGAAAUAUCACUUCGAGAAAUUGGGCGAAAAAAGGAUGACCUGACUAAGUGUCUGGAAUUGGUGCAGAAGCGACGAGAGCAGAUUAAAACGACGAAAGAUGUUCUUAAAAAUGCACAAGAUGACGAAAACGUGGAACAGGUAUACACUACCCAUAAAAAGCUGAAAGAAAUCCUUGCAGACCAAGUGACAAUCCCUGACAAGCUCCAAGGAGAGUUUUCAGCAACUCUUGACUUCGAUGAUACUGAACAGACAAAUGUGAUAUUCAAGUUGUCUGAAUUUGGAGAAGUUUUAUUCGAACACUCGUAGGAAUAACUGUAUGGUGGCCUUUGAGGGAAUCAUUAAAAAAUUUCAUAUUUGUAUAUGUGUGUGUGUAACCGAGGCUAUGUCUGCAAAUAGUAAUCUAAGGCGAACUGUCCCUAGAAGCAAAUUAUGUCUUAUAUUCUAAGUUUCCAGCACUCGCAAUAUAGAUACAUCCAUUUCAUGUAAUAACAGUGUAUUCCCGUUGCCAAACCAACAUAACUGGUAAUAUUUAUUCCAUCCAUACAACUAGAAAUCAUAGUAACUUCUCAUCGUUCCAAGAAUUUACACCAUAUCUGUGAUUCAUAUUAUUUUUGGCCUACCUUGAUAUUUUCACGUCCUUGUCCGGAAAGCGAGAAUCACAGGGUUCAACUGGAGAACACGUUUAUCCCACAAAAUCCCAUGGAUCCAGUAAUUACAUGUAUUUAGCUUUCCAUUUCGAUAAUGUCGCCAAAAGUGUGCGGUCUUGUAUAACUCGUGUGUAAAACAGAAACUGCUUCUACCUGCUUGUUAUAGUUAUGUUGGAGAGGAUAUUUCAUUCCCAUGAAACUUUCCGUUACUACCCUUCCUGGACAGUGUGGUUGGAAAGGCUUAGACGCCUACACAUUCUCAGUGCCAGAAGUCUGGCACGGAUGUUUGUGAACCACUUAGAGAUGUCUUUUCGUGGACUAACACGAUUGUUCCUACCCAGGGCGGGAAACGACAAGUUUUCGAUCCGGUCAUUCUUAAAAAUUACCAUUUUCAAGAAAUGUUUGAUCUUACAAAAGCUUGAGAAAGUGAAAGUAAGUGACAUCUGGCGCUUGCUGUAUUCAAUAUUAGUUUUGCUUCUCCUCCCAACCUAAUAGCGACCCGCGCUUUUUUAUAACUGCCAUCUUUACAUCAUUAAUUAUAGGACCUUUAAAUAUAUAUCAGAAUUUGAGACUUUCGUUCGAAGACAAAUUAGUUAUGAUAUUAAUAAAUGCUGCAAUGGUUAAACAUCAGUAGUUGACGUAUAGUUUUAGAGAAGCUGAAUGUUUGAAGACGACUUAGACAUGUUGUUAAUGAGAUAUUUUAAACAUUUUGAAGAUCGAAGUAUCGUUUUAGGUCUGUUCGCAGAACAUCUUCAUGUUAGCUUGACUAGUGCAAGGAAAUGGUAAUAUCAUAGUGUUGUUCAAAGAUCAAGACAAUGAUCCGAAUUGUUAGUCUCACCAAAUGGCAUAUGUAACGUCUUCAUCCAGUGUUAACCUCCUUAUACAGUGUUAAUUGUUUACUACAAACCAUGUUUCUCCAAAGAGUGCUGUACUUUUUAUGGACGAAAAUGCCGAUAGAAUAAGAGCAACUUGUUUUUUUUUAAUAAUAAAAAUAAUUUAUCUUUCCUGAAA